ACUCUAUACAAGCCAAAGGACCUGCAGGUAUCACUCCCAUCAAAACUCGCAAAGAAACAGCGACGGCAGUUCAAGAGACAAAGCUGGUGAUUGACAGGUUUCGCCAGUGUCAAAAAAUCUUUAGAGACCUCCUACAAAACACCUGUCCUUCUCUUUUCAUGAACAUCUCUGCUCUGGUAGAAUAAAGUGGUCGUCAUGCUGAGAUUGACACUCACUCGAUUCAUCCAUAGCAGCUGCUCAUACCUCGCCUUGUCCAAUUGACGCUCCUGAGGUGUAGCGUCACUGCAAAGGACAAACCGACCGGGCUUCAUUCCUCAAGUCACAUCGGUGCAUUCGCAUGGUGUGGCGCAAAACGACAGUUGAAUACCAGUUUGGGCUCCAAAGAUAGCUGCAUUGCGCAUACAUGGCCCUUUGUUCCUGCUCACAACCCGGAGCAGUCGACUUCAUAACCGUGGGAUGGUGCUGUGGCAUCAAGGCCACCUUGCUUUGAAGGACAAGGUUUGAUAUCUGUGGACGUCAAAGCACAACAGGUCCGCCAUCUUCACUGAGUCAUCUUUACCAAUGUGCGUUAGAAGAGGGGACAUAACCAGACACAGAGAAUCACCUUGACAUCUGUAAGCUUAACUUCCUCUCCGGCCCAACCAUGAGGGACAGACUGAGCAACCUGCAGGAAAUGUCCAAUGGUCACAUGGAGCAGAUGGAGUACGCGGAGUCCACUGUCUCCGACACCUUCAGCAACGUGGACCUGGAGGAGGAGUUGCCCCAUGAGGCGGUGGUGUUUGACAACAGCCCCGCUCUGGCUGAGGUCUUCUCUCAGUCGCAGGAAAUCCACAGAGAAAUCCAGCUCAUUCGCCUGGAGAAUAAAAGGCUUCGGGAACAGAACGGUCGCAUGUUCCAGGGCGUCACCACCAUGAGCACUAUCAAAAGGGACUCCAACGCUAUUGGUGCUGAUAUAAAAUCUCGGGCUGAGGAUGUGUUGGUGCGACUGAAGGAAAUGGAUGGCACAGCCCAAAAGCUAGAAGAAGAAUACGGCUCGAAUUCUGCCGUCACACGUAUUUCCAGAACCCAGUAUGCUUGCCUCAGCAAUGGCUUCCGCGAUGCCAUGUUUGACUAUAACGAGGCCGAGAUGAGCCACAGAGAGAACUGUAAAGCCCAGAUCCAGAGGCAAAUGGAGAUAGUGGGGCGUGAAGUGUCAGGCGACGAGGUUGAGGAGAUGAUCGAGAAAGGCGAGUGGAACAUUUUCACUGACAACAUCAUGGCUGAGGGUAAAACGGCUCGCUCAGCUCUGUCUCAAAUUGAGAAACGUCAUCAAGAGUUGCUGGACCUUGAGAACCGAAUCCAAGGCAUCCAUGAGAUUUUCCUGGACAUUGCGCUGCUGGUGGAGGAGCAAGGGCCCAUGCUGACCUCCAUCCAAACCAACGUUCAGAAAACUGACGAAGGCAUACAGGAAGCCCUCGUGAAACUCGGCAGGGCCAAACGUCAUGACAAGAACAACCCCUUUAAGAAGAUGUUUUGCAGCUGUUUCCCGUGUGUCGACUAAUGACUGUACAGUACAGAGGUGGAUGGUGAAAUAUGCUCUCCUGACAAAGAGGAGUGGGCAAUCUUAAGGACAUUAAACAUCUUCUGUAUGUUUCAUUUGUAAACUUGUCUUAUUGUCAAUGUGUUAUCAACAUGACCUGUAGAGCUGUAGAUAAUAAAAUCAUUUCUGGAUGCAAAAUAAAGGUUUGAUGUGUUUAGAUAAAGAGUCAAAAAUGUUUAGGUAAAAUAUAUUAAAAUUGUAUUUAAGUAAUCUAUUGAUGUCUGUAAUGUUUGUAUUGAGAUUUUUGAGACUAGUAUCUCAAAUCAGAUUUCAUCCCCAUGACUGAGGUGUGAUCAGACCUAAAAUGAAUACUACCUGAAUAUAUUUUUCAUGUUUUUAUAGCCUGCUAAGUGUCCACAUUUAAGGUAUUCACUAAAUCACACAGUUGAUGAUAGUAAAAACAUUAUCUCAAAGACAUAUUUGUGCUGUGGGUGUUGCACACAGUGAUUCCCGAUGCAGUAAAUCACUGUAAGUCUUAAAAAAUGUUAUUUUACGCAAGUUCAAUCAAAGAAGUCUUACCAAAAUUUAGUGUUUGAUAAAAGUGAAUGUCCUAGAUGUAUGGCUGAAAGAAAUAGUUUUAGAAGUUGUACAUCUUAGUGGGUUCAUUAGACUUUAAAUAUCCU